AUGUCUGGCGCAUUUGCCAUGCCGCAUGCCCUGACCGGCGGGCCAGGGUACAAGGCCAACCCGACCUACGACGAAUUCCUGCGCAAGCACAGUGCCAUGUACCGACGACACAGCGCGGCGUCGAACGCGAUGGAUGUCGACCGACGUGCCUCGCAGGCUGCGUUGGACGAGCACGCCAACGCGGCCGCACAGGCCGUGCAGAACGUGGCUUCGGCCCGUCGAGGCUCGGUCACGCUCGCCGAGGGAGGAGCCGCGACGGCCAAUGCGAGAAAGGGUAGCGUCGCGGUCGCCAGCGACGUCACGCGCAAGGACAGCAUCUUCGGCCUCGAGGCUACCGCCGGCACCAGGGUGAGCGAAGAGCGUCGGCCGAGCACCUCCCUGGCCAGCGAUCUGUAUCACAAAAUCAAGGGGCGUCAGAAUCAGAAUACCUGA